AUGUCCUUGAAGGACACAGCCCCAAAGAUACUGGCAGACCCGCAGCUGCUGGACACAGGCCACAGGGCUGGGUGCGGAGAACAUUCUCUCUGCCCUGCCUUCCAGCUCUGGCCGCAGUGGCCUGGACAGAGUAGCUGGGUCCCAGGCCUGCCCUUGUGGAUGAGGGACCAGGGACCAAGAGGACACUCCAGCCCUGAGCCCAGGGCCCUCAAAGCCCAAAGCGAGGCCCAUAAAAGGAGGCUGGGGAGGAAGUACCUGCAGCGCCGGUGGCUUAAGGCACUGCUUCGUGGGCUGCGGGGUUCCCAGCAGGCCAGGUGCCUGGCAGCAGCAUGGCAGCACUGGGUGGAUGCCCAAGGGGCAGAACAGCUGGCACGGACCCUGCUCAGAGAGUGGCACCUGAGAUCGGCCUGGCGGACGUGGUGGCAGCGGAUCCUGCGACUGCGAGUGGCUCAGCAGUUAAAGCAGCAGGAAGAUGGCUGGGUCCUUUCCCAGGCCUUUAAGAAGUGGCACCAACGCCUGGCAGCCAGAAGCCCAAGGAGAGGAGCUGCCAGUAGCCCAAGACCCUGGAGCAAGCCAGGCCCUAAGGGCCCUGAGAGUGGACAGAAGCCGCCGGAGCCCUGCGGGGAUUGGGGGCUUGGGGCAGAGCAUGGGGCCCAGCUACAGCUGUGACGUGUUCCCAGAGAAUAAAAAACAGAACUGAACUCGGCUUUCCCAGGCAAGGAACCAUGCCCCACACAUCCGGGGAGUGAUGACAGAGGGGACAGCUUGAAGAGCUCUGAAGGACAAUAAAACCCACUCCUCAGUC